CAGGAAGUGAAUGCUACAGCGUGACUGCGCCGAAACGAUGCACAUGUUGCAAAUCCGUAAAUAUAUCAGCCAACCAAAACUGUCCACAGCAACGCUUUUUUUGACACGAUGGGGUCAUGAAGCAUACUUAAGGACGGGGCCACACUAUGACUUUGAGCACUACAAACAGCUGGUACAUGAGAUAACAAAAGCCUUCAGUGGCAUUUCCAAAGAAGUUCUGGAGAUUAAAGAGCAACUGCACCAAGACUUCGACCGGCCUGACCUCUCGGAGCAUAUGGAAAAACUGCAAAUUAAAGAGAAGGAGAAGCUAGAGCUGACAGCGAAGUUACAGCUGGCCAAGCAAAAUGUCCAGGAUCACCCAGCAAACGAAGACUUCCUGGAGAAAGUUCAACAGCUCAAACAAGAACGAUAUCGUAUCUGGUACUUGGAUUGAAACAGGUAAUCUUUGAGGGCAGGAGGACUUUCCCAACGGACACUUAACUGGUCCUCCAGAUCUCCAACGCGACUCACGUAAACAUCAGAGGGUGGAUCUGUAGUUACUAUAUGGGGAAAUAUUGGAUUAACAAAUAUGGAUUAUGUUGUCAACAAAAUGUGAUUUAGCCUUUACAUAAACCCAACUUUCCCAGCCAGAUAUACAUCUGUCUGUUGCUAUAACAUUUUCCCGUUUCCGUUGUUUUAAAUUCAGGCUCACCCUUAGGGCAGAGCCAAUCACAGAGGACUCUGAAGAUUAUUGGUUCUGUAAUGCAUGAGUUAAUGAGGCUUUCAAAAUAUGUCAUCCAAUAGGAAUUCUUACUCAGAAUGUUCAUGAUCAAUCAAAUUCACUUUAGUGUCUAACCGCAAAGAACUUGUAUAUGCGUUCAGCGAGGGGCCAAAAGAUCACAAUGAGAAUUUAAUUUAACUUUUUUAUUUAAAACUGAGGGAAAUCAAAGACUUUGUAUAAAGUUUGAAACCAAGAAAAAUCAUUAUGUACAAUGAACAAGAAAUAUAAGAUUUAGCAAUAUUUCAUGCUUUCGGACACCAUGUGUGUGUACACGCAAAUGUGUGUGUGUGUGUGUGUGUGUGUGUGUGUGUAUGUAUAUGAAUGUAGUAAGGCAGACUUUUUUUGCUGCCCAAUACCCUUUAAAAUACAGCUUUUAUGAGGCGCCUUUUGGAAAUAUUUCAGGUAUUGGAAAGUGAUAAAGUGAUUUUAUAGUUUGUAAAAAUCCUUUCGCUCAGAUGCAUGUGUGCACACCAUAUGCGGGACGUUCUGAUAGUUAAUGCGUGUGAGCGUGAAGAAAAGUGUACAUUUUGGGCACAUUCGUGCCAUUGAAGUCCAUUAAAACUGGUAUUGUUUACUUCAAACUAGAUCAU